AUGCUAGAUUUUCUUAGUAUUCACGUACCUAUCGAGCUUGAGUCACGUUGGACUCAAAUUCAUCGUAUAACUAAAUGUAUUCUUGUAAAUAACCCGACUAUUAUUGAAUAUUGGGUUCACAUCAGUCGUAAUUCUUUCUACUGUCGCCUUUCUCGUUUAAAAUUAAACAAUACUAACGAUAUUUGGAGUAAGUUGUUAACAAAUAAUGGUGAUAUAUCUGUGAAUGAAAUUAAUGAAGUCUAUCAAUUUAUUCGAACAUCAAUACACCUUGCAAUUACGGAUAACAAUUGCACAUCAUCUUAUUAUGCUCAAACGAAACCAAACGAAGACGACAAACGAACAACAACAAUUACACUCAGCAGUCGUCUAUUACAAUCAGAUAGUUAUUCAUUUCUAUUCGUCGCUGCUGCCGUUCUUCUGCGGGAACUUACUCGUGCUGUAUGGCCUAGAUGUCUCAUAUACAAAGAUGUCAAUCAAUAUAUUCGAAAUCCAUUGUUUUUUUCGUGGACUGGUAUGCCUGUGAAACUAUGGCCAGAGUAUUUGAAAAAACAAGCACAAAAAAGACACAAUAAAAGAGGUCUGCAUUAUAUAACGCACCCAAGUGAUGGCUUCACAAGUUUAGUUGCUGAUACGGGGAAUCUUUUCCAACAUGUAUUUUAUAAUGGUGAAGUACAUUUGUAUGAAGAUCUCGACGGUCAAAAUGGGCAAAUCAUUACGGAAGUAGCGCUUAAAACACAUGAUACACCAUCUGCUGUGUGUGCAGCGCGCUAUCUUGACGAGCGAUUCCUAAAUGAUUUUUUCAACUUACAUCAAUGUUCUCUUGAAAAAGUGCGACAAGUAAAAGACCAGUCAUGUCCUUACUAUAGAUACUCACCUUUGAAACAUCAUCGAGGUUCUGGACGUUUCUACCUCGUAGUGAAUAAUACACCAAUCACACAACAUUGGUCUUCAACUUAUGGCUAUUAUAUACCUAGUCUAGGUCCUUGUUAUGAAUAUAAACCUUACCAGUGA